GAAUAUCAGAACGCUUUUUGGGUCUAUACUAGCUGGGGAUUAGUGCAUCACCGGCAUCUACUAGUGCGACCGCGGCUGUGCCAGUGAGCUGUGGUCUGGGGUAGCCGCAUCGAUACUCAAUAAUUAUACCAACGGACUAGUAUUAAUCGUGACUCAAUCGAGAGGCAUCGAUCGAUGGCACGCGGCGGCUUGUUCUGACUCUAUAAUGGAGGAUGACAUACAGAAGGAGAUUGGCUAUUUGCUCUCAGUGGGCUUCGAGGGUACUGCCAUCACGCCACAGGUUAAAUCCUUGAUUGAAGAGUACCAUGUCGGAACGAUCGCAUUGCAGGCCAAGAAUUUACAAGAUGCCGCCCAAGCAGUCGAGUUGAUAAAAUCUCUUCAAAAACUAGCCUACGAUGCCGGAUACUCCGAACCACUUCUCAUCAGUCUAGACCAAGAGAACGGCGGUGUUAACUCCAUAUUCGACCCUGACUACUUUCGUCAAUUCCCCUCUGCAAUGGGCCUUGCAGCCUGCCGAGCCUCCGACAAAGGUUUAACUAGAACGGUCUCAUGCGCAGCUGCUAAAGAGCUUAGCUGUCUGGGUGUCAACUGGCUUGUGGGCCCGGUUUUCGAUGUUCAUUCUGACAAUGAGAGACCACAACCAAUGGGUGUUCGCUCAUUUGGUGAAGAUCCAGAACAUGUGGCUGAGCAAGCGUUAGAGUCCAUGCUGGGAUAUCGAGCUGGUGGCUUGCUUACCUGCACGAAACAUUUCCCGGGUUACGGGAACCUGGACUUUUUAGGUUCACCUUCUGAUAUACCCAUCGUGUCGGGCACAUUUGAUCAGCUGUUGUCUUCUUCACUAAUUCCGUUCCAGACAGCAAUUAACCAUCGCACUGAUGCAGUUCUAGUGGGUGCCUGUGGCAUGCCGGAUGUCAAGGGAGCACAGGUCCAAUACGCUUGUUUAUCUCAUAGUGUGGUAACGGGUCUGCUACGGCGGCGAAUGGGGUUUGACGGUGUCAUUCUAUCUGACUGCCUCGAGAUUGAGUCUCUUUAUGAAGGAGUUGGAGUAAGCCAGGCAGCUGCGAUGGCUAUUAAUGCCGGAUGCGACAUGAUUAUGCUUUGUCAAAGUUACUCAAAUCAGGUCGAAGCCAUCAGGGGAAUUAGCACUGCCGUGAAAUCUGGGCUAAUAUCAAGAAUCCAUAUCAAAUCCGCUUCAAAUAGAGUGCGUCAAAUGAAGAUUGGACAUUUGUCCUGGGAGAGAGUAUGGAAUCCAGGAGGUUUGGCAAGGCUGGAUGCUUUGAAAUCUGCACAUAAAACUCUGUCUCGGACGGCGUACGAAGCUUCGAUAACGCUAGUACGGGAUUUCGGGAAUAACAUCCCACUGCAAAAUGAUGUCCAUCCAGAAGAGGUUCUCCUACUAUUAACUCCUCUUGUGGAACCAUUCAGGCCUGAAAGACUACCUGAUAUGGCAGACAUUUCCCAGGCAUCGGCCUCCCCAAGACCAAUCAAUAUCGCUAGACACUACAAUAAUCGCGAAGGGCAUAGUUAUUUGGAAGGAGAAACUACUUUUCAUGCCCUAGGGGUAUCCAUCGCGAAGAGGUGGCGUGGCAAAGUUGUGCAUACCUCCUACACGGCCAGCGGAAUCAGUCCACUGCAUGAAAAAUUAGUCUCAGAAGCUGCUGCCGUCAUUCUACUAACGGCCGACGGUGUCCGUAAUGUUUAUCAGUACGGCUUCACCAAAUACAUCGUCAGUUUGUGCCAGAGCCAGUAUCAAAUACAGUCUUCACCUCAAAGGAUAAGCUCGGGGGGGAAACCUUGCAUUGUCGUCGCCGCAAGCUCUCCGUACGACUUUAUGAAAGAUAAGCAAGUUCCAACGUAUGUUUGCACGUACGAUCUGACCAGACCCCCAAUGGAGGCACUCGUCCGGGUCCUAUUCGGAAAGCUUAAGGCGGUAGGGCUUCCUCCAACGGCGCGACAGCUACGGUCGCGAUCAACCCUCCAUCGGCAACUCUGGCUGGUUGAAAAGCUUCAACCAAAUCGAGACAAACACGCGCUGCAGGACCUCUUCGAUCAGGUCCGCAUGGCUGCAUCGAACACCUUCAGCGAUCCCGAAGCACAGUAUCCGGCAUACUGUUUCGAAGUAUCUUCGUAUUUUACUACCUAUGAACCGUUGAUAAAGUCUGAACACUUUGUAGUUCGGAAUAGUAGUACACACAAGGUUUAUGGUUUCUGCGCAACGCAUUACAUCGAGACGUUGGCCCGAGGCUGUAUCGCCUCGAUCGUUGUCUCGUCGGAUCAUAGAGGACGAGGAAUCGGAUAUUCCCUACACCAACAUGCUAUGGGCUAUCUACAGAGACUUCCUGGUAUUGAAAUAGUGCAGUUCGGGUCGGAGUUGCCUGCUAUUUUUGCUGGGAUUCCCAACCGUCUAAGCACAAAUCAGUUGAGUCUGCGAGGAUGGGUAAAAAAUCGAGGUUGGGACGUAGGGAACUGGAAUCACCAUGAAUUCCAUGCGAUCCGCCUACUACGAGACUGGAAGGCAACCACAUCUCCCGAGAAGAUUGCGUCAAGUCAUGGCUUCAAAUAUGAUCCUAUAUGUGCCAGAGAUGAGGACGAACUUAACCAUCACCUACUUAUGGGCACUGGCUUUGGGGUCGCCAAUUCUGCAUUACGGCAUCCAGUCAUUAUCACUGACCUAUACCGACGCGCUCGAGCAGAUAUACAAGGAUGCAAAAUUGUGCUAGCGCGGGAUAUUCGCAAUAACAAAAUAAUCGGCUCAAUUAUUCUAUACCACUCGUCAUCACAAAUCAACCCCUUCUUCCCCGUGCAUGACAAACAGACCGGUGGUUUGGCAGGCAUCGUCGUGUCGAGUAAUUCGCAAGCCGCUUCAGUUGUGCAUGGUUUAGUGGCGAAAUCGGCCACAGUCCUCGUUGAAAUAGGAUUUUUGAGCGCCCAAAUAUUUAUCGUGCGUUCCUUUUUCUUCCUAUCGUGUUUUAUUUCCUCGUAUACUGACAACACAGGUGGGCGACUCCGUAUUCCCUGCGAUUUUGGCAAAUAUUGGCUUUCAACGGGUAUCGGAGUUUCUUAGUAUUAGCAAGACAUGCUCACAAGAUAGCGAUGCCUUACAGCCGUAUUAACAAUCGCAUUGAAUUUUCAUCAAUGAGCAUGAACAUCAACGUGAACAUGAAUAGUUAUGGAUUAAUCAGACCGAAUGCAACCAGAUCCAACCUUAUCUCGUCGUCUCAGACAGCCGAUGUAACCUUGUAUCCUACAGUCCCCAUGCUCCU